AUGGCCGACGAGGCGGCGGCGCAGGCCCCGUCCCCGGCGCGGUUCACGGCGCGGGAGCUCGCGGCGGCGGAGCAGCUCAUCCACCUGAGCGAGAGCAGCUGCUCCUCCUACGCCGGCGCCCUCCCGCGGGGCUCCGUCGCGUCGGCCUCCUCCACCUCGUCCCCGCGCUCCGUCAACGCGCCGCCGCUCCCGCCGGCUACCCCUGCUCCUCCUCCUGCUGCUGGGCCUGGGCUAUUAGCCGCGGCGGCGGAGGAUGACGAGGAGGAGGAGGAGGACGAGGACCAGCAGGAGGUGGGCGGGAGGCGCCGCAGGAACAAGCGCUACCGCCCGAUCGCCGAGAUCUAUGCGGCCACCGAGCCCAAGCCGAUCGGGGCCGGGGCGCGCCGCAGGAAGGCGGACAGGCCCUCGACGGACGGCGCGCCGGAAGCCGGGAAGUAG